AUUUGUAAUGACGAAAUUUUCUCUAAUUUUUGCUUUGCUUUUAAUUUGUAGUUUUGGAAAGUAAACCAUAUAUGAUAGGCUACACGGAACACACAUAGAGGAAGAAUUCGAAAACGAAGUCGUUACAGAAAUUACCAUGUACGAUGAGGAAGACCCUAAACUGAAAUAUGAGAAGAUGAUGAACACAUUUAUGAGACUAAGUAAAUAAUUAUAACUUCUAUAUAGAUGAGACCUAAGUAAUCGGUUGUAGAAAAACAGAUCAUCAUGAAUUCUUUGGAAUGUUUUUUCAAAAUGCUGGAAGGAUUGGAAAUGGUGGUUAGAAUAAUAUUGAAUUGAUCAAGUAAGAGGACGAUUGCUACGAGUCAAUGAGUGUAUCAUAUGAUAUAAAUGAAAAUGAAAAGUUAGUUUUAUACUCUAUAUAGUCGUGUAUGUGUUACAUUCACUCCAGGAAAUUACAAGAAUAACUAAUAAUGUUCAGAAUUCUAUUUGAUUGGAACAACCUUGAAUUACAAUAUUGUCAACAUUAAAGAUAGUAAAAUUUAUUAUAAUUAAUUUAAUUUAGAAAAGGAUCACAAAGUCUAUUUUAAUUUCAGAAAUCAAAAAUAAAUUGAAGCCUUUAAAUAUUCAGGUGCUUAUAUCUUCAGAACUUGCGAUUAUUUGGAAAAUUGGUUUGGUGAUCUUUUGAUGACGUUUGAAUUAUUUUUUGGUGGAUUUUCAAGUAAUCCAUAUUUGGGUCCAAUCUUUGGAAGGUACUCUAAAUAUUAAAUAUAAUAGUCAACCCCCUGAAUGGAUGGUAAGAUCAAACAUAGAAUUAAUAGAAAGAGCAACUGGUUAUAGAUGGUAAGAAAGACCAAAUGUUGUUGUGGAUUUAAAGGCUAAUGAAACAAAUAACGGAGAUUUUCUAGCUGUUACUAGAUUUGAUGGAUUAGAUUAAAUCAUAGAAUGGGGAACUGGAGGCCGAAUUGGACACAGUGCUAUGAUCUUUGAAAUUGAUGGUGAAAAAUACGUCAUUGAAUCAUAAGAUGCUUGGUAUUGGCCAACAAAAAAAAUACAAAAGACUAAAUGGGAAGAUUGGAAGGUCUAUGCUAAGAAUGCUGGAUAUAAUGUUGCUAUUUUACCAUUGAGUCCAGAAAAGAGAGCAUAAUGGGAUUAAGAAGCUGCUUUAGCUUAUUGGAAAAAGAUGGAAGGAUAACCAUAUGGAUAUCACACAUUUUUAUUUGGUUGGAUUGAUACUCCAACUGAUAAUUAUCCAAAACCAUUGAGUGCAGAAUUUGCCACUUAUAUGUUUUCUUUCUUUGAAAAAAUAGCACCUGGACCAAUCACUUCUUUGGUUGGAGAAGCUUUAAAUAAAAGAUUGGGCACAGAAGGAUUAUCAGUAUCUGAAGUUGCAAUUGAAGCUGCAAAACAAGGAAUAGAAUUGGUAGAUCAUCUAUUUAUAUCUAUAGGCUGAUUUAUAUGCCAUGGUAGAAAGAGAUGAAUGGGUAUAUAGUGAUGGUCCAAGUCAAGCGUGUGCUGCCUUUGUAACUAGCAUGUACAAAGCUGCUGGCUUAUUCAAACCCUUCCAUAUUGAAGCACUUGAGUAAGUCCACAAUAUUAACAUAGGUUUACACCAAAAGAUAUCUAUCAAUUGAAAUUCUUUGAUUCGAAUUAUAAGGUCCCAGAAAAAUGUAAGAAGAAUGAUCCAAAAUUACCCUAUUGCCAAUUGAUGGGAACUCACAGAAUAGAAUUAGAAGGAUAUAAUACAGUUGAACCUUAUGAAAAUAUGAACGAGAGAUGUCCAAGUGUUGCACCUGAAUUCAUAAGACCUGAUGGCUGUUGAUGUCUUCAUAAAACAGAAAUUU